AUGGGAAGACAAAAAGAAAAGUUUUGGCAACAUGCUGAGCAACUUGAUAGUUCACAUUUCAAAUGCAAAUUUUGUGAAAAACAAGUUUAUGGAGGGGUCACUCGAAUCAAGUAUCAUUUAGCUAAGGUUAGUGGUCAUGAUGUUGCCUCUUGUGAGAAAGUAUCAGAUGAUGUCCAAGCAGAAGCUCUUCUUGCUAUUAAUUCUGAAUCAAGUAGCAAAAAGCGGAAGAGUUGUACCAGUGGUGAGAGUAUAGUUGGUUCUUCUCCUUUAGCUAUAACUAAUCAAAGGCAGUCCACAAUGGAGGAAAUGAUCUCUAAGAUGGACAAAUCAACUUGGGAGAAAUCUCUUCGUGAUCUUUUUAUUAAAAAUAACAUUUCUUUCAAUGUUGUUCAAUCGGAUGCUUUCAUCAAUUUUGUGAAGUGCACAGCCCGUUAUGGUCCUAGUGUUCCUAUUCCAAGUUAUGGAACCCUUCGUGGAAGAAUAAUUCCUGAAGCAAGAAAGGACCUUGAAAAAUAUGCUGAAGAAGUAAAAUUUUCUUGGAAGCAAACUGGUUGUACAUUCAUGUCUAAUUCAUGGACUGACUUGAAGAAGCGGUCUUUUCUUAAUGUGAUUGCUUAUUCCCCGGGUGGUGCUCUCUUUUUGAAGUCAGAGGAGUGUUCUCAUGCUAAAUUGACUGCUUCUUAUAUAUUUGAUAUUCUUGACAGAGAGAUUGAAACCCAUGGUAUCAAUCUAAUGUUGAAGGAUAUCUAUGAAAAGGUUUUUUGGGUUCAAGAAAUUUUUGAUGAGGCGAAAAGAAUUAUUGACUACUUGUACAAGUCAAUAAUUGUCUUACAGUUGAUGAGAAGUUUCACAAACAAGGAUCUAAAAUAUCCUUACAAAACUAGAUUUGCUUCAAACUUUUUAAUCCUUCAGUCAAUUGUUGAAGUGGAAGAGAAGCUUAGACUCCUAGUUGCAUCAGCUGAGUGGAGGAGUCUAAGAAAUUCGAGAUCUUUAGAAGCAGAUCGAGUAGUGGACAUUAUUCAAAGGGAGUCGUUUUGGAAUGAUUCAAAAGAGAUUUUGAGAUUUAUGGAACCAAUCAUUCGAGUUCUCCGUUUGGUUGAUGGUGAUGGGGCUACAUCAGGGUAUUUGUAUGAAGCAAUGGAAAGAGCAAGAGAGGUAUUAGAGAAGCUUUAUGAGGAAGACCACCAUGAAAGAUUCAAAAAGAUUCCUCAAAUGAAAGAUGCAACAGAUUUCAUUGGUGAGAUAGUGGUUCCACAUGAGAUGAGAGAAUAUUAUGGACAGCUAACAAUAUACCACAUGAAGUCUAGCACUCUUUUUACUCCCAGUGCCAAGAUGGUGAUGGAAACUAGUCAUCCUUGGGUUUGGUGGCAUAUACAAGGUGAUGCUAUUCCUAUCUUACAGAAGUAUGCCAUUCGAAUAUUGAGCCAACCAUGUAGUUCUUCGGCUUGUGAGAGAAAUUGGAGUGCCUGGGAUGCAGCACAAACCAAAAAGAGGAAUAGAUUAUCAACAACGAUGUUAGAUGAUUUAGUCUAUGUGAGAAUGAAUUCGUUGAUGAUGGAAAAAAGGGGUGAACUUGAACAGAAAAACAUGUUACCCAUUAAUCUUGACAAUAUUAGUGUCAAUGAUUUUGAUCAGCGCAUUGAGGACGUUGAUAAAGAGCUAGAGAGAUUGUUGGAUGAUGUGGAUGAUAGCAUUGCUGAAGACUUGCUAUUUGGUGCAAGUGCUAGUUUUACUGAGAGUGAGACUCAACCCCCAGAUAGUAUAUAA